GGUUUUUGAAUUCUAAUGCGGUUGUUUCUUCAAUCUUGCAGAGGAAGUGCAGGUCUCUCUACUCUCUUGGUGUUUAUAGUUAACGAUCGGAAUAUGGGGAAGAUGUUUAGUUGUUUAGUGGUGUUCUUGUCAUUGAUCUCUUUAGUCCCAUUUCCAUCGGAAUCCGCUGUUUCGAGUGUAGAUUUAGGUUCGGAAUGGGUUAAAGUUGCCGUAGUUAAUCUGAAGCGAGGACAGAGUCCAAUCUCUGUAGCCAUUAACGAAAUGUCAAAGAGGAAAUCCCCAGGUCUAGUGGCGUUUCAAUCUGGAGACAGGUUACUAGGCGAGGAAGCUGCGGGUAUUACGGCACGUUAUCCGAAUAAAGUUUAUUCACAGCUGAGGGAUAUGGUGGGAAAGCCUUUCAAACAUGUGAAGGAUUUCAUCGAUUCUGUCUACUUGCCGUUUGAUAUUGUUGAAGAUUCUAGAGGUGCAGUUGGUAUAUAUUCUUCUCGGAAUCUAUCAGCACCUAUCAAGGCAAAUUUGCAUUUCUCUCUAAGUAGAAGUGGGAUUCUGAGUCUCGAUCGAGGAGAUGCUGUAAUUGAAAUCACAGAAUGGGUAGAAGUUCCUAAGAAGAACGUGACCAUUGAUAGCAACACAACCACAGCAACAGGCAAUGCCACUGAUGAGAAUUCAGAAGAAAAUAAAGAGGACCUACAAACUGAUGCUGGAAACAGCACUGCUUCAAAUACAACAACAGAAGUUAACCUGGGCACAGAAAAAAAGCUGAAANAGCACUUUGCAGAUGAGUUUAAUAAACAGCUCGGUAAUGGCGUUGAUGUGAGGAAGUUCCCCAAAGCAAUGGCUAAAUUGAAAAAGCAAGUUAAACGUACAAAGGAAAUCUUGAGUGCAAACACUGCGGCUCCAAUAUCUGUUGAAUCUCUUCAUGAUGAUCGUGACUUCAGGAGCACAAUUUCCCGUGAGAAGUUUGAGGAACUAUGUAAAGAUCUGUGGGAGAGAUCUCUUACACCUUUAAAAGAUGUGCUCAAGCAUUCAGGUUUGAAGAUGGAUGAUAUAUCUGCAGUGGAGCUGAUAGGAGGAGCUACUAGAGUUCCCAAGCUACAGAGCACAAUCCAGGAAUUUAUUGGGAAACAACAGUUAGACAAACAUCUGGAUGCUGAUGAAGCUAUUGUCCUCGGUGCAGCACUACAUGCUGCUAACUUGAGCGAUGGAAUUAAAUUGCAACGUAGGCUAGGUAUAGUUGAUGGUUCCCCCUAUGGGUUCCUAGUUGAGUUGGAAGGCCCUAAUGUUAAGAAAGAUGAGAGCACAAAGCAGCAACUCGUACCACGGAUGAAAAAGCUACCCAGCAAGAUGUUCAGAUCCUUUGUCCUUGACAAAGAUUUUGAUGUGUCACUUUCUUAUGAGUCCGAGGAUAUUCUACCCCCAGGAACCACCUCCCCUGUCUUUGCACAGUAUUCUGUCUCUGGUUUGGCAGAUACAUCUGAGAAAUAUUCUUCUCGGAAUCUAUCAGCACCUAUCAAGGCAAAUUUGCAUUUCUCUCUAAGUAGAAGUGGGAUUCUGAGUCUCGAUCGAGGAGAUGCUGUAAUUGAAAUCACAGAAUGGGUAGAAGUUCCUAAGAAGAACGUGACCAUUGAUAGCAACACAACCACAGCAACAGGCAAUGCCACUGAUGAGAAUUCAGAAGAAAAUAAAGAGGACCUACAAACUGAUGCUGGAAACAGCACUGCUUCAAAUACAACAACAGAAGUUAACCUGGGCACAGAAAAAAAGCUGAAAAAGCGGACAUUCAGGAUUCCUCUGAAGGUAGUAGAGAAAACUGUUGGACCUGGAGCACCUUUUACGACAGAGUCUCUUGCCGAAGCUAAGAUAAAAUUAGAAGCCUUGGACAAGAAAGAUAGGGAAAGAAGAAGAACGGCUGAGUUGAAAAACAACCUUGAAUCUUAUAUAUAUGCUACUAAAGAGAAGCUAGAAACACCCGAGUUUGAAAAGAUAUCCACCCAAGAAGAGCGGAAGGCGUUUGUUGAGAAGCUUGAUGAGGUGCAAGAUUGGCUUUACAUGGACGGCGAGGAUGCUAAUGCGACAGAGUUUCUGGAGCGGCUUGACUCACUAAAAGCCAUUGGCAAUCCCAUAUCUUUCAGAUCAGAGGAGCUUACAGCACGACCUGUAGCAGUUGAAUACGCUAGGAAAUAUGAAAACGAACUGAAAGAGACUACAAAAGAGUGGGAGAAGAACAAAACAUGGCUUCCAAAAGAAAAAAUCAACGAGGUCUCAAAGGAAGCAGAGAAAGUAAAAAGCUGGCUGGAUAAGAAUGUGGCUGAGCAGGAAAAGACUGCUUUGUGGAGCAAACCGGUGUUCACGUCCACGGAAGUGUACGCCAAAGUAUUUACUCUGCAAGACAAGGUGACAAAAGUGAAUAAGAUCCCAAAGCCAAAGCCAAAGAUAGAAAAAGCAACCAAGAAGGAGAACACAACAACGAAGGAGGAGGAGCAAUCAAAAGCCUCAGACUCCAAUUCUUCUUCCGAUGAAGCUGCCAAAGACGAGCUUUGAUUAACAUAUAUAAUAUAAUAAAUAGAGUUUUCAUUAAAGCUAAAUUUUGUGUGUUUAAGAUGGCAAAUAGGAUUAAAGUUAGGCAGCUGAGAUGAGCCAAAAGGAUUUUGUUCCUUUUUUCUCCUCAACUUCUUCACAUUACA